AUGCUUCGUUUGUUGUCAUCUCCAUUUCGCCUUAGUUUAACGGUUGCUUGUUGUAAUCCAAAAAUUGGUAAGAAAUUUGUACAAACAUUUGCUGAUUGUUAUCCAGAAACUUUAUAUAAAUUUAUAUUAAUUAAUCAUGGUACAUUUUUUCAUGGUAUAUGGAAAGCAAUUAAAGUUUUUAUUGAUCCAAAUACAGUAAAAAAAGUGAAAUUAAUUCGUAAAGAAAAAAUUCAACGAACAUUUAAUGAAAUGUUUACCCCAGAUACAAUAACAUGGUUAUUAGAUGAAAUUAAAUUAAAUAAAAUCAAUAUCACAGAAAAUCAAUUGAGAUUUUGGGAAUCACCACAUUCAUAUGAAUUACAUGAUCCACGUGGUACACAUGAAUAUAUUCAACGUUGUAUAGAACCAUUAAAAUUAUUCAUUGAACAACAACAACAACAACAACGACAGCAACCACAGCAACAACAGCGACCACAGCAACGACAGCAACCACAGCAACAAUCUAAACAAAAAUCCAUUAUAUUAACAUAUGAUAAUUUAGGUUUAAAAACUCAUAUGCCACAUACAAAUAUUAUGGAUUGUUUAAAUAAAACAUUAAAACAAGUUAAAAUUCAAUCAUUCUAUAAUGGUAAAUAUAUUAACCAAAUAAAGAAGAAUUACAAGCAUAUGGAGUUGAUAUCAAUGAUAAUCUAUCUGAAAUUAGUGGAGGAUCUGAAUAAUAAUAAUAAUGAUGAUAAUAAUAAUGAAAUGAUUUAAAAUAUGCUCCUUUUCAUGAAUUGAUCUUCUUUUAUUAUUAAUCUUAAAACUCUAUUUUGAUCUUUCUAUUCUGUUCAUCUAACUUCAAUGAUCAUUGUUCAAUAUAAAUUUGUAUAUUGAACCCUUGUGUAAUAUUUUUUUAAAAAAAUUUCUUUGGCUUCAAUGUAAAUUUCUG